AUGGUUCAGCUCGUAAUGAGAGCUGCCAUUGUGGUUGCUCUGUCGGCUGCCUCAGCGCUGGCCCUGCCCUCGAACAACUAUGUCCUUCACGAGGCUCGAAAUCCGACUCCAACUGGCCAAUUGAACACGCAUCACCAAUGGAAGCGCGGAAAUCGCAUUCAUCCAGAUGCAGUCAUACCGUUGCGAAUUGGUUUAACACAGAGCAACCUUGACCUGGCCCACGACAAGCUCAUGAGCGUUUCCAACCCAGACUCGGAACACUUUGGCAAGCACCUCACCGAGGACGAGGUUCACGCCCUGUUUGCACCAUCAGAUGAUACAGUCACCGCUGUUCACUCCUGGCUCGUCGACAUGGGCAUCAAUAGAACCGAAAUCCGCAGGUACACCAACAAGGGCUGGCUGGCCCUGGAUGUCCCCGUGUCCAAGGCCGAAGAGCUGUUCCAAACCCAGUAUCAUGAGCAUGAGCACGAUGGCACUCUCAAGAUCGGUUGCGACAAGUACCACGUUCCGAAGCAUCUGUCCCAGCACAUUGACUAUAUUAUCCCCGGUGUCAAGCUGUCACCCGUCAUGGUGAAGCGCUCAGUCGAGGACAAAUCGCUGGAGAAGCGCAUCACCCCCCAGAAUAAGAAGAACUGGAAGCCCAAGAAGAUUCCUCCCCAUGAGUCGUUCUGGAAGCCUCCUCCGCCUUCAAAGCUGCCUCCGGACCUGCAAGACUGUGCACGAAACUUUACGGCCGUUUGCUACCGCGCCCUGUACCAGAUCCCAUCCUUUAGCAUCCCGGUUCCUGGCCAUCAGCCUGCUGUUUACGAGAUUGGAGAUACGUAUUCCCAGGACGACAUCAACUCUUACUUCCACAAGUACACCCCCUACAUCCACAAUGGAACACAUCCCACGCUGCAGUCCGUGGAUGGUGCGCAGGCCCCUGUGCCCUCAAAUUCACCGCAGAACGGCGGCGAGUCAGAUAUUGACAUUGACAUUGUGCAGUCGCUCGUCUGGCCGCAGUCCAUGCUGUUGUAUCAGGUGGAUGACAUCUACUACUCCACGCAGAGCAACCUCUCUGGCUUUCUCAACACCUUUCUCGACGCCUUGGACGGCUCAUACUGCCACAAGACGGACUUUGGCAUCACCGGAGACAGCCCUGGCAUAGACCCUUCCUAUCCCGACGCUCGUCCUGGGGGGUACAACAAGCCGGAAAUGUGUGGAACAUACAAACCCGCCCACGUCGUCUCCAUCUCCUACGGCGAGAGCGAGCUCGACGUGCCCAAGAACUACAUGCAGCGCCAGUGCAACGAGUUUCUCAAGCUCGGCCUCCAGGGCACCACCGUUCUCGUCUCCUCAGGUGACUAUGGCGUUGGGAUCGGUCCCGGUGCAGAUGCCUGCCUCAGCGGUUCUGGCCAGACAAACACCAUCUACAAUCCAGGAAACCCCGUUGCCUGUCCCUAUCUCACCUCUGUCGGAGCAACGCAGCUCAACCCAGGCACAACCAUCCAGGACGCCGAAGCUGCGCUCCAGACGCCUCUCGGUCCUGGCUCAGAGUUCUUCGCCAGCAGCGGCGGCUUCUCCAACUACUUCCCCAUCCCCGACUACCAAAAGUCGGCCGUGCAGUCGUACUUUUCGAAACACGACCCCGGACACCCGUACUACAUUGCCAAUGCGGACGCCUCCAAUAUUGGCGAGAAUGGCGGCUUGUAUAACCGUGCGGGCCGCGGCAUCCCGGAUAUUUCGGCCAACGGCGCCAACUUUCGCGCAUUUACAAACGGAACCAACUUUCACUGGUUUGGCACUAGCCUGGCUGCACCGUUGUGGAACGCCAUCAUCACCUUGAUUAACCAGGAACGGGCCUUGAUUGGCAAGAAACCCGUGGGUUUCAUCAACCCCGUGUUGUAUAAGAACACGGCUGCGUUGACGGAUAUUACUCUUGGCUCGAAUCCUAACUGCGGCUCGAGCGGGUUCUCUGCUGUGCCGGGGUGGGAUCCUGUUACUGGUUUGGGGACGCCCAAGUUUGAGAAGCUUUUGGAGUUGUGGCUGAGGUUGCCGUAG